UUUAAUGGGACACAUACUCAUUCGACAUCAUCGCGCUUGUUGAGCAAGAAAAUACCAUCGCCAAGCCUCACACCAACGCAUCACAACACCGGAAAACGAAACUCGAAUCACUUUACUCUAUUACGUUGCAAAUCAUUCAAUAAACAAAGCAAAAAAAUAAGUCAUUUUCGUGAACAACAGUGACCGAAGUGUGUAGAGAGUUUGAGAAAUGGCAGUACUCCCACUAGUAAAGCUAGGAACACUAGCUUUGAAAACCGCUUGCAAACCCAUCGCCAAUAGGCUCAAAAAAGAAGCUGGAUACCACCCUAAGUUCCGCAAUUUCAUCAUCAGCAUUGCACAGACCAAUCACAGGUUUACCACAAGAAUUCAGAGACGCAUUUAUGGUCAAGCUACUGAUGUUGCCAUUCGUCCUCUCAAUGAAGAGAAAGCUGUCCAAGCUGCUGCUGAUCUCCUUGGAGAAUUCUUUGUUUUCACUGUUGCAGGAGCUGCUGUAAUCUUUGAGGUGCAAAGAAGUUCUAGAUCAGAGGCAAGAAAGGAAGAACUACGCAGACGUGAAAUACAGGCAAUUAAGACUAGAAGUGAAGAGUUGGGCAUGGAAAUUGAAGUUCUUGCACAAAAACUUGAAGAGCUGGAACAACUUGCUAGAGGACGGGGACUUGCCGGAGUUCUUAACUUCAGGCACGCCAAUGCUGGUGAAGAUAAAAAAUCAAAAUCCACUUGAUUGUCUCACUUGUUAAGCAUUGCACACAGAUUUUGAUAGAAUGCUUUAUAAGUUUAUUUAUCUGGUUUGGAAAGAAAUGGAACUGAUAUUAAAAAUGUUCUAACUUCUAAGAGAGACAUAAUAUAUAAGAAGGUAUAAAAACAUAUCUAAAAGAUUCAUUUUUAGAUGUGGUGAGGGGCACUGAGGAUUGGUCUUAAAUGCACAUAUCCUCAAAUUUGUCAAUGUGCUCUUCCUAAAAAGUUUCUUUCUGAAUAAUAAUGGCAUGUUAGGUUUCACAUUGGAAAAAACUACAAGAGAGUAAAACUUUCAUGAUAGAAGCCAACCACAUUUCUCAAGCCUCCGGAUAAUCACAUUUCCCUCAUCUAAAGUUUUGUUAGUCAAUCACUUGCUACUCUUCACAUUUGUCAAAUGAUUGGCAGAAAAUAAGUCCCUUGUAAUUUUGUAAUAAUCAGAUUUAAUAUAGUUUCCUUGGCUUGGCUUUUCAA